AUGAUACUAAUAGAUGAUAUCAAAUAUGCUUGCAUGGAAUGUGUUAGAGGCCACAGAUCGUCAUCUUGCAAGCACCACGAACGUCCACUAUUGCAAGUUCGCUCCAAGGGAAGACCAGGUGUUUAUGCCAAUGGGAACCCCAACCAUCGUGUGGCCAUAUUUGCCGAAGAGAUAGCCAAAUCAGAUAAGCCUUCGACAAAUGGUACAAAGAGGUGUAAAUCAGAACCAAUAAUAGUCCUAAAAGCCUCUUCAAAACAAGUCAUAGAUUGCAGUAGUGGGGUUAUCAUAGGACCCUACGAUGAGACAAAAACAAAACCCAGCACAGUCGAAAAGAGGACCCCCCUGCCGCCCAUAAUAAGCGACGAAAGUUUUAUCAAUACAUCUGCGUGUUGUACGCCCAAAAUAUCAAAAGGAAAAUCAUGUGGAUGUUGCAACAAUAAGAGAAAAGCAGUCAACAAAUCAAAAAUAUUACAAAAUUACAUCAAAAACAAAUUGAACCAGAAGAUAAACAACAACGAAACAUUGGUGUUUAUGAAUAAGUCCCAUACUACGAAUAACGAACAAAAGGAGGACCAUCAACUAUACGGGAUGGUGCCCGUGCCUUCUUGUUCCAUUCCUGGAACCUGUUGUUGUGAUGACGCCUGUUCAUGUCAAGGAUGUGUGGUUCAUGGAAAUAGCAAAUAUCAAAUACCACUACCGACCCUGAAACAACAAGUAACUGAUACUACCAACCCAUUUGAGAAUGAGGAAAAAUUUAUCUUCAAUUCAAUGCCACAGACAGAUAAAUCGGAUUUAUUUUUCAACACUAUUUCAACAAGCUCCAAUGUUCCUCCAGCAGAUUCGUCUUCCGAAUGUUCUUGUCCUCCGAAUGCAUGUGAUUGUACCAAUUGUGAAACUCACGGAAUCUUAAACGGAUUCCGAUUAGAUGAUUAUUUUAAGGAUCAAAGUAAGUUAAUGAACGUUUUAGAUUUUAAUUUUUCUGAAUUGUUAGGUACAAUUCCAGAACAACCUAUUCCAACAGAGUUUAUGCAACCGCCAUCGGAAAAUACGUUGCUAACAUCUUUAUCACUGGAAAAUAGUUUUAUUCCAAACCAAACAAAAGAGUUGAGUACACAACCACCAAUUCUUCCAUUGGAUGCACAGAAUGUGUGCAAUGAACUAGACCAAUUGGAACCUUUAGUGCCACUGUUGCAACCGUGUGACAAGAAGGCAACAAAGUGGGUCAACAAUCGAGAUACGCUAGAAGAUGUGUCUGACAAUAGGGUGAAGUCAUGUUGCUCAAAAAAGACCAAAUAA